AUGGCCAAGGCAAAGGAACCUAGUAACAAAUCUCGCUUCACUGAUCUUUACGAUGAGCCUGUAAGUCAUCUUUUAUCACCAAUAAAAGGCUAUGAAAAGAAACCACUCGUUACGCUUGCUGAAGCUAUUGCACCGGUAUCGGGAUAUUUUGAUGAAAUCGAAGACAAUGUGUUAGUUGCGUUACAUAAUUGUCAAAAGCCAGCUGAUGACCUAACUCAACAAGAAUCAGCUUCCAUUCACUUAUAUACAAUGGAAUUCGUUGGCGGACCAAGUUUAUAUUUUUUACUCAAUAAAUCAUUACGUGCUGAAAAUCGUAAAGAUUUGAUACAAUGGUUCUCGUAUCUCAAAUUAUUUCUUACUGCCCUAUAUAAGCUACCAUCACAAAGCAGACGAGUAUGGCGUGGUAUUCGCGGAGUUGAUUUAAGUUCAAAAUACACAAUCGGCACUAAAUUCGCUUGGUGGGGCGUAAGUUCGUGUACUGCUGACAUGGAACUACUUGAAUCAGACACAUUUUUGGGUAAAGUUGGACUACGCACUCUCUUUUCAAUUGAGUGCACCGAUGGAAAAUCUGUUUCAGCACAUUCGUAUCUCAAAAAUGCUGAAAAUGAAAUUAUUCUUAUGCCUGGCUCCUAUUUCGAAGUGAUAGGUAAAUUAAAUCCAGCACAUGAUCUUCAUAUUAUUGAAUUGAAACAGAUCAAAUCACCGAUGACAUUGGUUAAAGCACCAUUUUCAAAAUCGAACGGUACAUCAGGUAUGAAUAGCUCAAUACUUGUCAUUUUCGUUCCUCCAACCCAUUGA